AUGCCUGCCGGAGUUACUUGGGGUCAAUAUAUUUCAUUUUCCAUGGCAGCUUUGGUCUCAAUGCUAGCAGGAUCACAAAUGGUGCAUAUGCGUUAUCAUCCAUUGGACGAUCUACAAAAAUAUAUUAAUAAAGAAUUAGAGAACUUUCCAGAAAAUAUCCAAGAAAAGAUAAAACAGGAGCUCAAGGAAGAAGGGGUGUUAAAAUGA